AUGAACAAGAAAAUCAGGCAUUGGAAGAUGGGCAGAGAUCUCAAGUAUACUUUGGGUCAUCAGCUCCUGGACUGCACUCUUCGCUUACGCCAUGACGUCAAAAUCCAGAAAGACCUGGUAGAAGUGGAGCUCAAAAUCGAGAAUCUCCAGUGUAGAGCAGUUCAACUGAAUUCAGAUAACCCGAUUCCAAAUAGAGUAGGUCGUGAACGUUACGUUCCCGCAAAGAUCAGUGUAACAACGGGUCCUCAAACAGAGGUGUUUGCUUUGGACGCAGUUAAUUCGGGCGCCUCAUCGUCAAAUCCUACGGUAAUUUUUUCGGAAAGCAGUAGUAUAGGAGGAGGAUACCAGACACAACUUGAGGCCGUCACGAAAGAGGGUAUCAAAUUGACGGUGGGUGCGACGGUGACACAUAACAAUACAAAUACCACAACCAGUGAGAGGAGAAAUUGGGAUUUUGAGGCGUCUGUGCCCGAUAAUAAGCAAGGAAAGUUCCAGUCGGCUCUCUAUCACCAUUCUUACCAGACAAAUCCGAUGUUUCGGCAUUCCCCAAAGCACAGAGACCAACAAUAUAAAGCUUUCAAAGAGUUGGCGCAUGGAGGGGGGCCGACUAGCCAUUUCACAGAAGAAGGGGGGGUCGAGUUUGGAGGAGAUAAGUAUGGAGCACCAAUAAAGUGGACAUUCUUGAAAGAGAUCAAAGGACAAACCCUUGACUGGUUUGUGGAAUGUGAAAUUUGGAUGGCCUAUUAUCCCAAUGAAUAUAGUACUAGAUGUAUGGAGAUUAGAUAUCAAAAAUUUCGUGAACUGCUUCAACUUCCUGUGAAGAGAGAGAAGCUAUCAACAAAAGUUAAUAAUUGGAUUCAUGGAAUGUGA